AUUGUUCUUAUACGACCGUUCUAUCAAUCAAGGAACAUUAUUGACAACCAUACAUGACCCAAGAAGGCUUUCGCGGCUUGUGACCGACUGUAGACGAAAGAUCCAGGCUACGAUGUCGAAGGGUCUGAUUCCACUGUUACUACCAAGAUGACGGCACAGCUCCUUGCCACAGAGCUCACCAACCUCAUUCAGGAGAGCAAGAGGAAGCACAAUGACCUUAGACAAGCAGCAGAAAGAUCACUAGAGGAGCUGAGGAGCUUGAACAUUUCCUCCGAGGCUCAACUUGGUCCAGAAUUGACACAGAAAACCAACUUUGCUAAUCCUUUUAUUAUCGCUUGCGGCACCAAAAAUGCCAAAUUUACGGGUAUUGCCAUCGUCUGUCUACAGAGACUCAUCGUCUCCAAGGCCCUACCAAGACCGAGGUUGAAUCAGGUCCUAGAGGCAUUGCAAGGGGCAACUUCGGCUGGACUGGAUGUCCAACUCAAGAUACUACAAGCACUACCAUCUCUGCUGCAGAAUUACUCCAGUGACAUUCGAGGCGAGCUCUUGGUCACGGCCUUGAAUAUCUGCUUCAUUCUGCAGUCCAGCAAGAAUGCUAUCGUAAACAAUACAUCUGCAGCAACUCUCCAGCAGCUCGUCGUCACAGUUUUUGACAAGGUUGUCACAGAAGACAGAGAAACACCUGAUGGCCCAACAGUGGGUGAGGCGCCCACCGAUGGCGGCGUCGUAUCACUUAAACCAGCUGCGAUGGAUGCUUACCGCGUAUUCAACGAUCUCUGCCUUUUAACCGAGUCUCAGAGGCCCGAAUAUCUCGGGUUUACAGGUCUUCCGCAAACGUUUGGCCUGGAGCUUAUCGAGUCUGUCUUGACAAACCAUGCUAGCACAAUCACCAGCCACCCGGAACAAGCCCAUAUUUUGCAGACCCGCGUGAUGCCAUUUAUUGUCCAGUCUCUUGGUGCGAAGUUGAACUUCCCUACCACUGUCAGGUUUCUCAGGAUACUCUACACCAUCUUGCGAAGACAUCUCACCCUGUUACCAUCCGAGUGCGGUGAAGCUCUUGAUAUUCUUACGCGACUUUUAGACCAGGAAACGCUUACAUGGAAGCGGUCCUUGUGUAUGGAGGUUUUCAGGGGUAUAUUUUCUGAUGCUGGUCUGCUGCGGAAAGUAUACUCGCUUUUUGACGCACGUGAAGGCCAGCAGAAAGUACUAAAGAAUCUCAUGGCUACCUUUGUUCGUGUCAGCACCGAGAAACCCAACGUCAUUGGUCUUGGUCAGCAAUCUACCAUCCCCGUGGCAAACCCAUACUCUAGCAUUGGAGCGACAACCGAUCAGGCCAUGUUGGAUGCGGCUGGUGUCGGUGGCAUCAUCAGUGGGCCUGCCGGCUCUGAGGGAUACAACACGGGCAUCAGUACGCAAUGGAGCUCAGUCAGGGUUCCCUGCAUCGACCAGCUGGAUAAAACUGAGCCACCAUCUAUACCCGAAUCAUACAUCUACAGUCUCACUUUGGCAUGCAUCACGUCAUUAUCCGAAGGGCUGGCUAAAUUCAUCCUCCCACUCACUAUUGCUGACCGGAGCAAAAGACGGGGGCCCAAGGCAGACAUGGGAGCGGGUAGUGGUAGAAACUCCCCAGCACCCCCGGCGGAAGAAACAAUGGGAGCUCAAGGCAAAUGGGCUCUUGAGAGAACAUCGUCUUACAAGAGGAAUCCUGUCCCAGUUAAUCCUCUGCUACUUGAGGACCAUCCUCUCCACACCGACAUCAAAAUCUGCGCAAACAUUGUGGACGAAUGCUGGCCAGCUAUCUUGGCCACAUGCUCUACGUUUCUUACAUCGGCCCUUGACUCCGAAUACUAUCAUGGCCUCGUGCGAGCCUUUCAAAAGUUUGCACACGUGGCCGGCCUCUUACAGUUGACAAUUCCCAGGGAUGCGUUUUUGACGACCCUUGGAAAGGCUGCAGUACCACCAAAUGUUUUGACUGCUUGCUUGAGUGGUCCAGGUGCACGGCCACAAACUCCUACUGGCUCGGAUUCAGCAAACAGCCUUCUGGGUAAUGCACGAGGCAUUCUCAGUGCCGAUAAUCUCCAAAAUCCUGACAGACCCAGACAAGGUUCGGUUGUAGAUGUUGGGCCCGCCACGCUGAACACAAGAAAUAUGCUUUGUCUACGAGCUUUGCUGAAUCUCGGUAUUGCUCUGGGUCCCACCCUGGAAGAAUCAUGGCGAAUACUUCUAGAGACUCUCCAACAAGCAGACUUUGUCUUGUUUGCAUCAAGCAAAGUGGCAGGCAGAGUCCCAACCGCUACGCGAACUCCUGAUCAGCAAGCUGACAGUGAAGCACAAGCUUUGCUUGGAAACUUUAAUACAGAAGUCAAAGCUGUGGAGACAGCUGCAUCGCGACUCUUUGAGAGCACGGUGGACUUUUCCAACAAGUCUUUUGUCGAGGUCGUCAAGGCAGUCUGCGAUUUGCUCGACAAGCCAAACGAGCCUGGUUCACCUGCAGUAACACGCCCAGAGUCCCCAGCUUCUAGCAGCGGAAAUGACACUCUCAGAACACCUGGACAGCGUCACAGGCGGACCAUGAGCUCGAUGAGCGUUUCUGCAGCACCGUCAGCGGCUGCUACUCAACAAGAUCAGUUCGCAUUGGCAAAGCUUGGAGACCUUGCCUCUAUAAACCUCGAGAGGCUGUUGACGUAUCCUCCCGCUGAUUCUGGGUGGAUGCCGCUGGUGUCAGAGCUAAUUGGUACAUUGAGUUCUGCGACUGUCAAUGCCGCUGUUCGAUCGCGCGCCGCCGACAUUCUUGUUCGCUUUGUCCUUGAAUGUGUUAUUGCUGUGGCUGGAACCCCAGAUGAGGUCAGGGGAGCAAUUCAGCUUCGCCUGUUCGAAGCGUUGCGUGAUUCACUGCUGCCGCUACAAAUGCCAAACAGGGACAUUACUGUUUCUACGCAUUCAACAGACGUGGAAAUCCACAAGAUUAUUCUGGAGGGCUUGAAGAGUAUCCUGGAAAACUGUGGAGAGUCUCUCCUGAGCGGUUGGGACAUAACAUUCGAAAUAAUUGACAGCAUAUUCUUGCGCCGCCGAUUUGAGCCGACCAAAGAGGAAGAUGAGACCAAGCCCCCUGAAGCAUUGAUGACCAGAUCUAUCAAGCUCAUCAAGCCCUCCUUUGACUCUCUGCAACUCAUUUGCUCGGAUUUUCUGGCGUCUUUACCAAAUUCGUGCUUUUUGCUUUUAGUUGAUACGCUCUUUAAAUUUUGCUCCCAGGAUGACGACCUCAACGUUGCUCUGACGACUGUGACAUUCUUCUGGGCCAUAUCAGAUUUUCUUUCUAGCAAAAGCCGGUCACUUUCAAUCACAGAAGAUAUGGUAGAAGGGACAGGUGACUCUGCCUUGGUCGACCUUGCUUCAGACCCGAAACAUCCCGCAGCCGAUGCCGCCCUCUGGAUGCUGCUUCUACUCAGGUUAACAAAUGUUACGACAGACCAACGACUUGAGCUACGAAACAGUGCUAUUCAAACACUUCUGCGCAUCAUACAUGCCUACGGAAGCAGCCUCAGCCCAGAAGCGUGGUCUAUAUGCAUUAAAUCGGUCAUUUUUAGGCUUUUGACCUUCAUCCAGACACGGCUGGGCUCAGCUCACAAGGAUUCCAGAACUGUGACAAGAAGUGACUGGGAUGAGACUGCCGUCGUUGUAAUCAAUGGCGUGUCAGAUCUGUUAUCAAACUACCUCGAAGUCCUUCUCGGCCACAGUGGUUUCAAGAGUAUAUGGAGCGACCUACUUCAACAUUUCGCCAACUUGCUCGACCUUAACGUCUUGGAUAUCAAUAGUGCCAUAUUCAACAGUCUUGGAAAGAUACUAUCCAAGGUUUCGGGUGGGUCUCAAAGGAGAUUUGACAAGGAAGCUGUCGACCUUGCUUGGAACCUCUGGUCUCGCAGCCUUCCAGUGCCCCCUCCUCAGCAGAUAGCUGGAGACAACCAGAAGUGCCUUGUUUCAUGGAUAGAGGCGCUUUUGGAGCUGUAUCGACUAAUCCAUGAGACCUUGGACGUGGAACGUGUGCGACGUCUUCUGGCUCUUGUGCGCGAGGCCAUGAUCCAAGCCACCCCGGGAUCGUAUGCCAGCGAUAUCGAGUACGUAACGCCGUUGCAAGGUAAGAUCCUCGACGUCCUACGGACGGUACGAACCGACAUUAGUGGCAGCGCUCCCUCAGCCAUGAUAUCACAGACGGCCGAAUUUGUUGCGUUUGCAUUCGAUCCCAGCAGAACAAUCAACACACCGACGCAAAAGCGCACUUACGUCGCCAUGUCCAAGGAAAGCAUGCGUAUCUUGCAUUAUCACGUCACCAAUAACGCAGCCGAUGCUGAUAUGUUUGCAAGUGGCGCCUUCCACGCUGCUCUCGAGGCACUCGCUCGUCCGAUCGUAAUGAAGUAUAGCUUUGGUGUGGUUACCAAGUCUAUUCAGCCGUGGCGCGAGGCGACGGAGGCUACCCUGGCUAUCCUCGAGACCACAUUGCCACAUUUGAAAGCCGCAUCAGCUGAGGAUGUGCCCCGGGACAGAGCUCAGGCCAUCUGGCAUAGCAUUGUCGAGAUUUCUAAUGGCAUUAUUAGCGCGAACUGCGACUCCGCGCCGAGCAGUGCAGACCUGGAAGCGGACGAGGUGUUUGACGUUGAUUCGUUCCAACGGCUGCGCGAGCUUAUUGUGCCUGCAUUGGGAGGACAAGAUGUGGCCGAAAAGACAAGAAAGGCUUUUGCAGAAGGACUCUUCCAAACAUCCAUCAUGCAUGAGCUGACACCAGCCGAGAGCCAGGUCAUGCAACCCAACGGAUGCGAUGUGCAGCGCGGUUUGGGUAUGGUCCUAAAAGCCAGGGAUGGUCGGACUGUCGAUCCGGUGCGAACAAGGCGUGCCAAGAUGGCAGGAGUCUGUCUCGAAGAGUUGUUUGCAUUGGUUGAAGCCCAGGAUGAUGAGAUGGAUACGCCAUCCAUUGUAGUACACCCGCCGACUCCUCGGUUUCUCAAGUCAGCAAAGCCCACCACCACAGACAGCAAAGGCAGCGAUAGGCUGGGAGACGGGAUGCAGCAUAAUGCGAACAUAAACAAGGAUAGAGCAAGCCAGCAUGUACAGCUUGCCCGAACGACAGCCCCGUACCUUAUCCUCCGGUGUGCGCUCACCUUGAGAGCGUACAUUGCAGAUCAACCACUGCGCGGGCGCAUGCCACAACCUCUGGGGGAGCGCGCGGAGCUGACACGGGUGCUGCAAGGGCUUGUUGAGUUGCGAUCCGAGAGUGAGGCAAUACCUGACCUGGAUGGUGUCGAGAGCGAGACGAGAAAACAUCUACUCAGGUUGUAUCCUCUGCUCGUCGGGGCUGCAAGGGUUUCGGGGCGCAUUGGGGACGGCAAGGUCCUGGGUCUAGUGGGAGAGGCUCUAGGGGUUGUUGGUGGGGAGUUUGGGUUGUAA